AUGAAUACACGCGAGCACUCUGAUAUGCCUCCGGCGCCUUCCUACCCGUCGCCCAAUGCCGCGCAGAUGGGUCAGGGUACCAUGCAGUACUACACAAACCGUCAGUUGACGACCGACGAGCUCUUAUCCGCUGAGCUUUCGCGCGAAACCUCCGGUCCUGGCAUCAAUGACGGUUCGAGCAACGGCGUCCACCAUGGCCAGUCCAUGGUGCUGGGCUCGUCGAAUGCCGGUGGCGCUGACAUUGGUCGUCCUUCCUCUCCGGAUCAACAUCAACAGCAGCACAUGCUCCCAUUCCCGCCGAGCCAGCAGGUUGGUGUCGACCCGAACCAUGAUUUAAGCUACGGAGAUCAGAGCGCUAGAAGGAAGAGGACAAAGAUAUCGAGAGCUUGCGAUGAGUGCAGGCGCAAAAAGGUCCGUUGCGAUGCAAGUUCAGAAUCUGGAGUCGAAACCUGUUCGAAUUGUCGCCGCCUGGGCGUCGUUUGCCAGUUUAGUCGUGUUCCGAUGAAGCGUGGACCGAGUAAAGGAUACAUUAAGGAACUCGCGGAACGUUUGCAUACACUCGAGAGCCAGAUGCAGCCUGCAAUGGUUCAUCCGGACAUGCCAUACCAGCCUAUGAACGACGCCCCGUCCCCACGAGCGUACCAGGACUUCUCAUCGCCAAUGGACACCGGCGGCAUCGGUCGCAAGAGAACAUACUCUGUAUUUGAUGGUCUGCCCAGUUCCUCAAUCGCUCAGCCCCAAUUCAAUUCGCGCUCUCAGAAUGUAUUCGAUGCAGGCGAACAUUCGACAGAUCCAUUCAACUCUGAAGCCGUCACCGGUUCGGCGCCAAAGCCUGGGAACCUCUUUUGGGCGACAGGUAACGAUGGCGACCUUCCUGCAGGGCUGGAGAUUCCCGACAUUCCCAAGCAUGAAGAAGACAUGUCACCGUUAGGUUUGGAUGAGGGAGCUCUUAAUGCUUACUAUGAGAAGGUUCAUCCAAUUCUUCCUAUACUGCCAAAUACAAAGGAUCGACUGUUGGGGCUUCUUCAUCAAUGCAGUCGCGAGGUCCAGGAAAUAUUUCUCUACAGCUUGUAUACCUUGACACGGGUCAACACUGAUCGUGUGGCCAGCACUUUUGAGAGGGUUACGUCAUAUGACAAUGCCCAAGACCUUCUCUUAUACUACACUCGACAACCAGCACUGGUCCGUUCAACAGGUGUUAACUUGAUAUGGCUCCAGAGCACACUCCUCAUGAUCCUCGACUGUGACUCUCGAGGGCCCGAUAACUUCGUGCUGAAGGAUGGCAUCCCGAAGCAGACGUUGAUCCAGUCUGCAACCAAACUCGGUUCGGAUUUGGCGAAGAGUGUGGGCCAGUUGAAAGCCAAACGAGCCUCGGACCCUGACGUUGACUCAGAAGCGAACCUCGUUAGGAGAAGCUGGGUAUCAUUGGCAAUUCUAACGCGCUGGUACGCAGUCAGUGUCGCUGAUCCUAGCUCACUCGGGAUCCAUGAAAUAGGUGGCCGUGAGGAUGAAAGAGUGCUUGGUUCCGUAGCAGCAGGGGUUGCUUCAUAUUCCACCUUUUUGAGCGAAGUUGUUACUCUGGCUAUAGCCGAACCUAAUGUCUGCCAGUCUAACACUGGCAUUGGACGGGUGAUUUCCGCGAAUCUAGCAGGCUCACUUGAACGUCUCUCUGGGCUUGAUGAUUUCCAGGGAGCGCCGGAGGGCCAAGAGAAUGGCUCGUCUCAUAACCUCAUCGAGAGCCUGCAGAAUCAACUCUACUGGACCACGCGACUGUUAAUCAAGCGGCACAUCUUUGUAUACAGCCCGUACGAAAUUAUAUUCAGCGCCGAAGAAGUCAUUAAUGAACUUCACAAGGCAAGCUUGCAAUCUCGUCAAACAACCCCCUUCGACCUCCACAGCUUAGCAUUGGCGACAAUGACUCUUUUGGAAGCUUCCGUCCUUCCAGAGUACACGAAUGAAUGCUGGGAAGCUUUAGGGAGGGUCGAAGAUAUCCUCGACCACCGCGAAAAGCGCUCGCUGGAGUCUUCAGAAUUCGGCGACAUCUUCCAUACCGAAAGUUGGGAUGCUAAGAUCCGCCUCUUCCUGGAAUGGAGGCGUACAAAAUCCCAAGAGACUCAGCUCCAUGACCCGAACCUGGGCAAGAUUGGCUCUACAGCGCCUCCUGUUGUUGGCCCGAACGAGCAGCGCUCCCUCCAGCACCUUGCGGAUCUUGCUGUUGGUGCCGAGGGCUCAGUGACAGUGAAUGCGUCGCCCCCGCCUCCGUCUGCCAUUCCAUCGGGUGAGAAUCAUAACAUAACCGCUACAUCACCAAAUCUCGCUUCAGCUUUGCAGCCACAGGGCCGAAUAGUGGUCGAUUUCACCUUAUUGACAAAGGAGGGCUACCUCAAUGUCUUCUCUGGUUUGAUUUAUCGUCGAUCUCGUUAG